ACAAUUAUAUUGAGUGAUCUUUGCCUUUACCGUUGUGGGAGGGACAAGUUGCCUCAGAGUCCGGAUCAACGAUGGAGGAGCGAGAUGCGUUUGGACCCGAAACUGAAAAAGACCACAAUGCCGUCGAGACCGAGAGUGCGGGAAGAUUGCGGGACCGAACUGCGCAGGAUGACGCCGGUGAUGAAGGAACGCUCAGUUCGGAGGCCCAGCGUCGACUCUUCCGGGACUUCCACUACUGGGAAGCCAAGGAGCCUCGGGAGGUGUGUGGCCAACUCCACGCUCUCUGCCGCCAGUGGCUGAAGCCAAAGCAACACACCAAGGCUCAGAUCCUGGACCUGGUCAUCCUGGAGCAGUUCCUGGCCGUCCUUCCUGCGGAGAUGGAAAGCUGGGUCAAGGAGUGUGAACCGGAGACCAGUUCCCAGGCGGUGGCUUUGGCGGAAGGAUUCCUCCUGAGUCGGGCAGAAGAGGAGAAGAAGAAGACGCUGCAGGAAGAGCGGCAGGAAAACAUCUUUCCUCCCAGUCUCAAAGAGGGGAGGCACUUCCUUCCAGAAGAAGACGUGGAUGUUCCUGAGAUACAAAAAAGUCAGUCGUCUUCCAAGAGGAAGCCAGAGACAGAGUGCAUCACGGAAGAGGAUGAUAAUGGGUCCAUUUGCACGGGAAGUGACAUCCAGUCCACUGGGGAUGGGGAAUCGGUGACUGUCGUAACGGAUAACCAGUCCUUACCAGGAGAUGGAUCCAAAACAUUGGGAAGAUAUCAUCGGCCAUCUCCUCUUGAACCAACCGAGUUGGCUUCUUCACAAGUAGAUCAGGUGACCCUGGAUGAACUGGCUGUGGGUUUCACUCCUGAGGAGUGGGCCCUCCUGGAUCCGGAGCAAAGGGCCUUGCACAAGGAAGUCACGGAGGAGAAUUACGGGAUGGUGGCCUCGCUUGGUGACACGGCUCCCCUUGGUGGCCAAAACAAAGACGAACCAUGCCUAACCUGGUUGGAAAAUGCUAGUUGGAAGGAAGAUGAAGAAUUGAGCAUCGACACCGAGGGAGAACUGGAACCACAGAGCCGAUUCCCCACUGUGGAGGAUCCAGAAAUCUGGGAAAUCCCGGACGACGAAAACACGGAGGAGAGCGAGGAGAGCUGGAAGUGCGCCGUGUGCGGCAAGUGCUUCCUCUGGAAGUCGAGCCUUUAUGCCCACAUGAGGAAGCACACCGAGGAGAAGAUCUUCGAGUGCACUCAGUGCGGGAAGUGCUUCCACUGGCGGUACCUCCUGAUCGCCCACCAGAGCAUCCACACGGGCGAGAAGCCCUCCAAGUGCAUGGAGUGCGGGAAGAGCUUCUGCCACCGGUCGUCCCUCAAGCGGCACCAGCGGUUGCACACCGGGGAGCGGCCCUACAAGUGCUUGGACUGCGGGAAGAGCUUCUGCUACCGGCCGAGCCUCACCAGCCACCAGCGCAUCCACACGGGGGAGAAGCCCUUCAAGUGCUCGGACUGCGGGGAGGCUUUCCGUCACCGGCGCAAUCUCAUGAUCCACCAGGCCAGUUCCAAAGGUGAGGGGCCUUGCCAGUGCCUCGAGUGCGGGAAGACCUUCACCGACAAGAUCAAGCUCGCCUCCCACCAGCGAACGCACAACCGCGAGAAGCCUUACAAGUGCUCCGAGUGUGGGAAGGGCUUCUCGCACAAGUCGCACCUCAGCACGCACCAGAGGAUUCACACUGUUUUUCACAAUUUGUUUGUCCCUUUAGGUCCUUCCGUUGUGUCUGACAGCGCUCCCACUUCGCCAGCGGCUCAGUCAUCCUGUGACAGUUUUGCCGAUGAAGGACCAGGUGAGGUGAUCACCAUGUCUGAUGGUUCCCCAAAUUCGCCAGAGGCUCAGUCAUCCUGCGACAGUUUCGGCAAUGAAGGACCUGAUAGCAGCUGCCUGGAGUCAGUGACCCAAGGGCUGGAGCCAUCCUCAUCAACCACAGAAGAGUCCAAUUCUAACUCUCUGGAAGCAGAAGAGAAGGCAUUCAAAUGCCAGGAGUGUGGGAAGCAGUUCAACCAGCGGUCGCACCUCAAGAGACACCAGAUUGUUCACACGGGGGAGAAGCCCUUCAAAUGCCUGGAGUGCGGGAAGGCCUUUACGGAGAAGCGGAACCUCACGGCGCACCUGAUGAACCACACGGGCGACAAACCUUACAAAUGCGAGGAGUGCGGAAAGAGCUUCAGCCAGCAGUCCCAUCUGAAGAGGCACGAAAUCGUCCACACCGGCGAGAAACCCCACAAGUGCCCCGAGUGCGGCAAAGGCUUUUCUGAGAAGCGAGACCUUGUCGGACAUCGAAUGAACCACUCGGGCGAGAAGCCCUUCAAAUGCGAGGAGUGCGGGAAGAGUUUCACCCGGAAGUCCAUCUUCAACUCCCACGUCUCCAUCCACACGGGGGAGAAGCCGUACAAGUGCCAGGAGUGCGGGAAAGGCUUUAGCUACAGCUCCGGCCUCAUUUUGCACCAAGUUAAGCACACCGGGGAGCGGCCCUACAAGUGCCUGGACUGUGGGAAGAGCUUCAGCCACCAGUCCAACCUCAAGCGGCACCAAACCAUCCACGCCUGGGAGAAUCCCUACAAGUGCCAGGAGUGCGGCAAGAGCUUCGUGGAAGAGAAGAGCCUCCGGACCCACCAGCUCAACCACACGGGGAACAAGCCCUACAUCUGCCUGGAAUGCGGGAAGACCUUCAGCCAGAAGUCGACCCUGAACGCGCACAUCCUGAUCCACACCGGAGCGAAGCCCUUCCAGUGCCUGGAGUGCGGGAAGAAAUUCACGCAGAGGUCCAACCUCAGCAGGCACCUGAUGAUUCACUCCGGGGAGAAGUCUUCGACAGAGAAGACCUCCUUCCCUUUGUCUGCCAAGGAGUUGGUUAUGGAGCCCAGGCUGAAGGCGGAGGAGUUAAAGCCAUACAGCGCAGAGGGAGGAAGUGUUCCAGACGUCGUGUAUUGUGAAGGAAGUGAGGGAUUAUGGGGAAAGGGAACACAAGAUGUCUUGGAUAAAGACGCACUCAGCUCAGAGUUUCAUCGACGACACUUCAGGCAGCUCCACUACCGGGAGGUGGAAGGGCCACGGAAAAUUUGGACCCGACUCCAUGAUCUCUGUUGCCAGUGGCUGAAGCCAGACCAACACUCCAAGGCGGAGAUGCUGGACCUGGUGAUUCUGGAGCAAUUCCUGGCCAUCCUUCCUCCGGAGAUGGAGCGCUGGGUCUGGAAGUGCGGAGUGGGAAGCGGUCCCCAGGCGGUGGCCUUGGCUGAAGGGUUCCUCCUCAAUCAGAAAGAAGACAGUGUAAAGAAGCAGGAGGAGCAGCAGCCAGGCAGUGAUGUCCUUCAGGCCCAGGAGAUCCCACCAGACAUCAAGCAGGAGGACAACACAGAGGUCACUCCUUCAGUCCCAGGGGAUGAGCCAAGGACGCUAGAAAGCUGUAGUCGUCUAUCUCUUCUUCUGGAUGGAGUGGAAAUGACUUCUGGGCACCUGGACCAGGUGACUUUCGAAGACGUCUUCGUGUGUUUUGCUGAGGAGGAGUGGGCCCUCCUGGGUCCGGAGCAAAGGGCCCUCCAUAAGGAAGUCAUGGAGGAGAAUUACGAGGCGGUGGCCGCUCUAGGUCAUAAUAGUUGGGAGACUGAGAAUGAAGAAUCUCCAUGCAGAGUGCAGCUGGAAAGGGCCGGACGUUCACAAGAGGAAGACAGAAGUUCAGGAACAGAAGCAAAAGAGGAACAGAAGGGGAACCCAUUGCCUGCUUCUCACUGUGUUGACACCUGUGAAAUUGCAAUGCAAGAUGCAACAGAUGAAAGUGAAGAGAACAGCAAGUGUCUUAUUUCCGAGAAUGGCCUCCAUUGGACUUCUGGCCUGAACAUUGGUAUCACGAACGACACGGAGGAAAAGCCGGAUGAGCGUCCGCCGUGGAGAGAGAGCUUCAAGUGGAACGUACACCCUGAGGAAAGUCCUACGGGGGAGAAGGUCUAUACGUGCCAGGAAACAGGGAGGACCUUGACUGCGAAGGCCAUCCUCACCGAGUACGAGAUGAACCAGAAAGGGGAGAAGCCCUACAAAUGCCAGGAGUGCGGCAUGGGCUUCAGCUACAAGUCGUCCUUCAAGACCCACAAGGUGGUCCACACCUUGGAGAAGCCCUACAAGUGCCUGGAGUGUGGGAAGAGCUUCCACUCGAGGCCGCACCUCAACAGGCACGAGCUGAUCCACACGGGAGAGAAGCCGUACGCCUGCCUGGAGUGCGGGAAGCGCUUCAACCAGCGGCGAUAUCUCAAGGCCCACCAGCUGAACCACAUGGGGGAGAAGCCCUACCAGUGCCUGGAGUGUGGGAAGAGCUUCAGCUACAAGUCCUUCAAGACCCACCAGGUCGUCCACACCUCGGAGAAGCCUCACAAGUGCCCCGAGUGCGGGAAGUCCUUCCACUGGCAGUCUCACCUCGACCGGCACCAGCGUAUCCACACGGGAGAGAAGCCCUACCAAUGCUUGGGGUGCGGGAAGGGCUUCAUCGACAAAAGGGGCCUCACGACGCACCAAAUGAACCACACGGGAGAGCGGCCCUACGCUUGCCUGGAGUGCGGGAAGGGCUUCACGCACAAAUCGGUCCUCAAAACGCACCAAGCGACGCACAUGCCAAGGGUCGUCAUAGAAAUGCCGGGGGACUGAAAAAGAACUCAUGUUUAAGGACAUUACACGUUACAGUUUUGUGAAAUGGACAUAAGAGAACCCCUAUACAUUAGAUAUGGGCCAACUUUGGCCUGCUCUCCAGGUGUUUUGGACUUCAACUCCCACAAUUCCUAACAGCCGGU